AUGUCCAGAUCCGGGGACAGGACCUCCACCUUCGACCCCAGCCACAGCGACAACCUGCUGCACGGCCUCAACCUGCUGUGGAGGAAGCAGCUCUUCUGCGACGUGACCCUGACGGCCCAGGGCCAGCAGUUCCACUGCCACAAGGCCGUGCUGGCCUCCUGCUCCCAGUACUUCCGAUCCCUCUUCUCCAGCGGCGGCGGGAGCGGAGGGCACCCCCACGCUCUGGGGCUGGGGCCCGGCGCUCAGGACGGGUUGGGGGGCCCGCCGAAGGAGCCUCCGCCGCCGCAGCCGCAGGAGGAGCCCGGCACCCCCUCCUCCUCCCCAGAGGACAAGCUGUUGGCCAGCCCGCGGGCCAUCAACAACCUGGUGCUGCAGGGCUGCUCGUCCAUCGGGCUGCGGCUGGUGCUGGAGUACCUGUACACGGCCAACGUGACCCUCUCGCUGGACACGGUGGAGGAGGUGCUGUCGGUCAGCAAGAUUCUGCACAUCCCGCAGGUCACCAAGCUCUGCGUGCAGUUCCUCAACGAUCAGAUCUCGGUCCAGAACUACAAGCAGGUGUGCAAGAUCGCCGCCCUGCACGGCCUGGAGGAGACCAAGAAGCUGGCCAACAAGUACCUGGUGGAGGACGUGCUGCUGCUCAACUUCGAGGAGAUGCGCGCCCUGCUCGACUCACUGCCCCCCCCAGUCGAGUCGGAACUGGCACUUUUCCAGAUGUCCGUGCUCUGGCUGGAGCACGAUCGGGAGACCCGCAUGCAGUACGCCCCAGACCUCAUGAAGCGCCUCCGCUUCGCCCUCAUCCCCGCUCCGGAGCUGGUGGAGCGGGUCCAGUCGGUGGAUUUCAUGCGCACCGACCCCGUCUGCCAGAAGCUGUUGCUGGACGCCAUGAACUACCACCUGAUGCCCUUCAGGCAGCACUGCCGGCAAAGCCUGGCCAGCAGAAUUCGUUCCAAUAAGAAAAUGCUGUUAUUGGUUGGAGGAUUGCCUCCCGGCCCCGACCGGCUACCCAGCAAUUUGGUUCAGUAUUAUGAUGAUGAAAAGAAGACGUGGAAAAUACUGACAAUUAUGCCAUAUAACAGUGCCCAUCACUGUGUCGUGGAAGUGGAAAACUUCUUGUUUGUGCUGGGAGGAGAAGACCAAUGGAACCCUAAUGGGAAACACAGUACAAACUUUGUUAGCCGAUACGAUCCCAGGUUUAACAGCUGGAUACAACUUCCACCCAUGCAAGAGAGGAGAGCCAGUUUCUACGCCUGUCGCCUUGACAAGAACUUGUAUGUGAUCGGUGGGAGGAAUGAAACUGGCUACUUGUCCAGCGUGGAGUGCUACAACCUGGAGACCAACGAGUGGCGUUACGUCUCCUCCUUGCCGCAGCCCCUGGCAGCCCACGCAGGAGCCGUUCACAAUGGCAAGAUUUAUAUAUCAGGAGGAGUUCACAAUGGAGAAUAUGUCCCCUGGCUGUACUGCUAUGACCCCGUGAUGGACGUCUGGGCCCGGAAGCAGGACAUGAACACAAAGCGAGCGAUCCACACUUUGGCUGUAAUGAAUGAUCGACUGUAUGCCAUUGGAGGAAACCAUUUGAAAGGUUUCUCCCACCUUGAUGUGAUGCUCGUGGAAUGCUAUGACCCCAAAGGUGACCAGUGGAACAUCCUCCAGACCCCCAUUCUAGAGGGUCGCAGUGGCCCCGGCUGUGCAGUCCUUGACGACAGCAUUUACCUUGUAGGAGGCUACAGCUGGAGUAUGGGAGCCUACAAAUCUUCUACUAUUUGCUAUAGUCCAGAGAAAGGGACUUGGACAGAACUAGAAGGAGAUGUUGCUGAGCCACUUGCAGGCCCUGCUUGUUCAACUGUCAUACUGCCAGCCUGUGUACCAUACAACAAAUGA